GCAGUUGCGGUUGCGAACUUUGGUGCACCUUAAAUUCUCAACCGGUUCUUUAAGGUUUUCGGUAGUCGAAGAUAUUUACCAGAAUCACGCGCAGAUACCGAUACAAUAUAGUAUAUACAGUACAAGCCCGAUUCUGCAUAGUAGCACUGGUCCGUGUGUGUGUUCUCCCUACCGCUGGAAUCUGGAUGUUAACAUCAGGGGACGAGAUCGGCCUAAUUUAUUACAUGAACGACCAAGAUCUUGAGAGUGUUUGCAACUUGGCAUCCACGGAUCGGUUUGUACAUCGGUGUCCGUGUCUGCCAUUCCGCUUAAUUAUUCCCGCGGCCACUUACGCGGUGACCUUUUUCUGUACCAUCUGCGCGUUGCGUACGUGACGUCAUGUGUUGGUAUACGCCCUUAUCGACAACGUCAUACCGUUGCUCGUUGUGUUGAUCCAUGCAACGCACUCGAAUCGUCAUGUUAAUUAAGGCAGGGCAGCGCUGUUGACAUUAAUUUUCAGAAAAAACAAAAAAUAAUUUUCAUGAUGACGCAGAACCGUCAACUGCUCCAUUACUGCGUAUUACUGCAUUAUUAAAUAAGGAAUUUUUUGUCGUACUCCGAAAUACGGUGCCUGUGAGAUUCUGGCGAUUAUCUGAAGAGUAAACGAUGAGGGUCUAGCAUGAGCGACGAGGAGGACGCGGGUAACACGAACGACAACAACGAGGACGCGGGCGCGACCAACGACAACCAGGGCGACACUUUUCGCCAACCAGAUUCAGAUUUUGCGUAUGCCACACUUGCCCAUCCGGUGACUCAGUCCAUGGACGAAAUGGAAUCCAACGUGCACACUGCCUUUAUCGCCUGGUGGAUAAUCCUGCUCAUCGUGCUGGCCAUAACCGUCCUCAUCCCGCUGAUUAUCGUCUGCAUCGUCUGCUACCGCCGCAAGAAGCACGGCACGGUGCAGGGCGUGGUGGUGUCGGGGGCGCCCGGGGCCUACCCCGUCGGGCAGGCGGCCACGGUGACCUAUCCGCCGGCGCCGUACCCGUACCCAGCCUACGGUUACCCGGCAACCGGCGCGCCUCCAACCGCUCCACAAUCGCCACAAUCGCCACAACCGACGCCACCGGAUCCCGCGGCGGCUGCCCCGCCGGCGCCUCCCCCGACGGCCCGCAAAACGCAGUAAACGGUUGACCUUUACCCGAUGAUCAACGCAUCUGCGCGCUAGCUGUCGCGGUUAUAAUUAAAGCUCUGUGUCAUUUAAUUGCCUAUAAUUGUGUGUGACCUUUAUGCGAUCGAUCCUUCCAGCAAUGAUAAAAACUACUGCCGCAUAAAUUAUUUUCUAUGUAAUUGUCGUAUUGAUACACACUUCUUUUACUUGUAGCACUAGUAUUUAUUUGUCAGAUUAAUAAUUAGUAUUUUUAGUCAUAUACAAUUAUAUUGUUAAUACGUGUUAACGUUUAUAUCAGCCGCACUGUCGCAUUUUGCAA